AUGAGCGGCGGUGGAAAUACAAUCACCACCGUGGGAAGUGGUGGUUGUGGUGGAGGAAGUAGCGGUGGAGGAGGAGGAGGAAGUAGUAGUGGUGGUGGUGGUGGGCCAUGCGGUGCUUGUAAAUUUCUAAGGAGAAAGUGUGUGCCAGGAUGUAUAUUCGCACCCUACUUCGAUUCAGAGCAAGGCUCGGCUUAUUUCGCGGCGGUGCAUAAGGUGUUCGGAGCCAGUAACGUCUCGAAGCUUCUCUUACUCAUACCGGUUCAUCGACGGUCCGAUGCAGUCGUAACCAUUUGCUAUGAAGCUCAGGCUCGGAUUAGAGACCCUAUCUAUGGCUGCGUCGCUCACAUCUUUGCUCUUCAGCAACAGGUGGUGAAUCUACAGGCAGAAGUUUCUUACCUACAAGCCCAUUUGGCAUCGCUAGAGCUACCUCAACCGCAAACGCGACCACCUCCGCUAGCGCAACCGCAACCACCGUUUUUUUUCAGUCCUCCUCCGCCUCUCUCCAUCACCGACUUACCUGCAUCAGUCUCACCAUUACCCUCAACUUACGACUUAGCCUCUAUCUUCGAUAAUUCGACAUCUUCUUCGACGUGGGCCACGCAACAACAACGAAGGUUUGUUGAUCCACGUUACUUCUACGGUGGAUCAUCCUCGUCUUCCGUCGCCGCGGGGCUCGGUGGUGGAAGCACUGAACUUCAAGCAUUAGCACAUGAGCUCCUCCAUAGACAAGGUUCUCCACCGCCAGAAGCCACCGACGGCUCGCCGUCUCGGUCUAUGUCUAGAUGA